GAUUUCAUUUGUAUUGGUAGUACAAGUUACGACUACAACCAAAAUAUAGAGACAGAAUGUCUGGCAUUACUUGGUUCAUUCCAUAUUUAAGAUAUAAAUUUAGUCUCAAGCUGAAUAACGAACAGAGUGAAUGAUUCGCGCAAUUUCAGAAAUAGAAUAUAUACAUAUGUAUAUAUAUAUAUAUAUUCAUUUACAAGUUAACAAGGAAACGUCGAAAGUAUACCCGGUGUUUGAUAUUUUGUAAUUUGCAUGUAUGCAAAUAAUAAAGUUCGACCAAAAAGUAACGACAAUUUCUUUAAAAUUUAAACGCUUAAAUUACUUUGUGAAAAGCAAUGAAAAGUAAUGUAUAUUCAGCGUAAUAUUUUGCGGAAAGCAAAACUCUCUAAAAAAGUUAUUUUUUCUGCCAACAUUUCUUAAACAUAUGGGAAAUAUUUAUUUCAAAGCAAUUUUUAUAAAUUUACUAAAAGUAAAGCGACAAUUAUUUUAUGUAAACAUGAAAAUCAAUUCAAAUGUAACUAAUAAUUCUACUCUAAAAAUGGGAUCACGUCGAAUUUUCACUCCACAGUUUAAACUUCAAGUGCUGGAGUCAUAUCGUAAUGAUAUUGAUUGUAAAGGAAAUCAGCGAGCUACAGCAAGAAAAUAUAAUAUACAUCGAAGACAAAUUCAAAAAUGGUUACAAUGUGAGUCCAUUUUAAGAUCUUCUGUUGCUAACACAGCUCAAGUUUCUAUAAAGCAAUCAUUUAAUAACAAGAAUCAAAUUAACAUGGGUUCUACAUCUGCAUCAUUUUGUCCUAGUUUUGUUGAUGACAAACAAUUUACAGCGCGAUCUACUCUUAAUGAAAACGAGGUAUCAAAUAUUUAUACAAAUGCAUCAAAUGUGCCAAUAAUAAACACAAACGAAAUAUUGAGGAAUAAAUCAGUUCGAGAUAAUUCAGUAAAAAAAAGUAAUUUGUUGUUGAAUUCACAAUCUUUAAGUUCUAGAUCAAAUGUUUCUUUAAUACGACCCAUUGCAAUGGGAAUACCAACACGAAAUAAUUCGUUGUUAUCAAUUGAUUUACAUUGCACCCAGCCAGAUCAUCGAUACAUGUUGCCAUAUACUCUACCUACAUUGCAUUGCCAGCAAAAAUAUACCAGUUUGCCGCCACAUGAUCAAUCUGUCAUGUAUGCAACAAUACAUAACAAAAUAUUAGAAAAUCAAUCAAUAGAAAAUAUGUCGAUUAAAACAAUAACUAAUGAAAAAUCUGAAUUGAGGCACACACAAGAAUGUACAGGUACUAAACUGUUUGCGGAAAAACAUCAAAAUGCGUGUAGUAAAAAUUUGUACAACUUCAAUGGAAAUUUAUGUACAUUUGAAAAUAAACAGCAAUAUUUUGAAAUCACUAAUGAUUCUUCAAUUAUAACAACAACACCAAUAGACUUAUCUCUUGGAAUACGAAAUAAAAACAAUGAAAUUUCUAAUGACCAAAAGCAAAAACCAGAAGAAUUAUAUAACAAGACAACGACGGUAUUUUCGAGAUCUAUUAAGCAAACAAAAGAAAAUUUUGAAAAUUCAUUUAAAAGCGAGAAGAAAGUUGAUGUUACAAGCAAUAGAAUUAUAUCUAAGCCAGUGAAAUUAUUUAAACCAUAUUUAUUGGAGGAUGAAAAUACAAAUGGGAAUGAAAAGACAUUAAGAGUAGAUAAUUCAGAAAGAAAUGAUAAUCAAGAGACAAUAAUUUGGAAUAAGCUUCCUAAUAACACAUCUUUGCGACUAAAUAAUUGUGAUAAAUAUCAAAGGGAAGAUGAAACAAACUUUAGCUGUUUUAAUAAAAAUUCCCUUCAAUUAGAAAAGGAGAUUUUAUUUAAAAAAAGGUCAACAGGUUUUCAAAGUGAGUUUUGCUCAUCUUUAUCAACGGGAUUAUACCCAAAUUUAUGCCAAUAUCCCAAAGAAUUUUUUGGAUCAGGAUAUGAAAGUUGCUCAUCUACUUACAGCGAUUCAUCAUGCCGAAGUGAAUCAUGUCUUCUUUCAAACGAUAGAACCUACAGUAUUGAUAUUGAAAUGCAAACAUUUUAUGAUAACGUUAGAUCUAAUCAAAUACAUUUGCAAGAUUGGCUAAACCAGGGUAGUAAUAUAAAUGCUUCGACAACACCUAACACUUCCAUAGCGUUAUAUGCAUAA